UGGACUGUUCCUGUCCUCAACUUACUCCAGGCUUACCAUGGCCAAUAAUGAAGACUUUCCACCCUUAUUAGAGUCACUGAAGCUUGAUCUUUAUUAACAAGCCCCACAGAUUUAAAUUCUCCCGAUUCCCUGACUCAGGCUCUCCUUUGACUAUGUCUGAUUACUUACUAUCACCUCAGUCCAGUCCAAAUCAUCCAUCCAGGUCAUUACUCAUCCUCCAGAAAAUAUUCCUCCUCUUCCAACAUUCUCUACUUCACCUCCACCGCGAAGCUUCCUUCACCUACUACCCCGUCCUCCCUUAUUUCUGCUCUACAGCCUUAUUGUCCACCUCUCAAUACUAGUCCCUCUUCCACACGCUCCCUUCCUUCUACCCACACUAGAGACCUGAAUACUCUGUUUAGCCCAGCCAAAUUUUUCAUGAUCCCCCUUACAACCCCUCACUCCGACAACACUCACCUCUGCCAGCUAUGCCUCCUAGAACGAGUGGACUAAGUUUCCCUCACCAGUGCCCCAGGCAAACUUCCACCCGACCCAAGGGUCCUGGAACCAUGUCCCGUUCAGGGCAUCUGGAUGUUAAUCAUUUGAGAAUUCUCUCAGCCAACCUGAGAGGAUUUCAGACAAAUGUUGGGGAGCUCACCCACAAUUUUGUAAUGCCAAAUUCGAUUGACAUUGUUGCUACAGUUGAAACUUCCCUAAAUGACUCUUUGCCAUCUAACUUCGGCCAAAUCUUCGGAUUUUCCCAGUGGUACCGUAGGGACAGGAUCGGCAUUACCUUCGGAGGCAUAGCUGUCUGCUUCCGCAAAGGGCUUGGUAUUGAAACUCUAUGCAUUAGCCACCCAUCCCACCUCGAGCUGAUGUUCUUCAGAAUGUGGAUCACGCAAGAAACUUCGGUGCUCCUCUGCAUUUGCUACAGGCCACAAUGGCAAGGUGCAGAGCCGAUCCAUUUUCUGAGGGACAAUCUCGACCGCAUUCUUUUUGAACACUUCUGCCAGCACAUCAUCAUACUAGGAGAUUUAAACCAAUACCUUGUGGCAACUGCAUUCGACAAUCUUCUUACUGUGUUUGGAAUGCACAAUCAUGUUGAUUUUCCAACACACAUUUCUGGUUCUUCAUUAGAUCCCGUUCUGAGUGACUUCCCAGAGUCCUUAGUCCAGUGCUCUGCCUUAGGUAAUGUGGGAACAUCAGAUCACACUGCCAUACUCACAAACAUACAGACUGCUUUAAUGUUCAUCUUUGGGUUCUAUGCUGUAUCACUUGUGGCUUGCUUCAUAAAAUUUCUGGUGAAGUUAAAGAUUGUUAGUUUAUCACAUUUUAAGAUUUACCUGUCUUCGACCCAAUGGCCUAGGCUGGCUGUUAUUAAUCUUCACACAGCCUUCCCCUGGAUUAAGAAUCGUAGUGAAUCUAAAGUAGAGGGAGCAAAAGUACAUCACUGCGUCAGUUUCACUGCUAGUUUGCCUUUUCCUCUAAGUAUCUGCCAGGUUGCUAUUUAA